UAGUCUAUAGACACGAAGUACAGAUGAAGAAGAAGCAGUUAGCGCUUGUUGUAACUCGGACCCAUUUUCAGGUGACAAAGUCGUCCACUUCCGCUUAGCGCUUUUCGGGUUUUUGUGCUUUCUGUUGUAAUAAAUAUGCAGCAACGAGAGGAGAAGCAGUUGGAAGCAUCUGUUGAGUCUCUGAUUUCUCGAGUGGCACAUUUGAAGAAUUCUCUACAGAGUUUCAUCUAUAAGCUGGAAAAUGAAUAUGACCGACUGACUUGGCCGUCAGUGCUGGACAACUUUGCACUUUUGUCUGGGCAGCUGAACACCAUCAACAAGCUGUUACGUAAUGAGAAAACACCGUCUUACCGGAACCAGGUCAUCAUUCCCCUGCUGCUGUCCCCCGACAGAGAUGAGGAGCUGGCGAAACUGACAGAGCAGCGUGUACCUGUGUUCAGCCAUGAGAUCGUACCGGACCAUCUGAGGACAAAACCUGACCCAGAAGUAGAAGAGCAGGAGAAACAACUGAGUACAGAAGCUGCCAGGAUCGGACAGGAAGUAGCUCAGAAACAGAUCCAGACUCUGAACAAACUCUGUUCCAACCUUUUGGAGAAGCUCAACAGCCCUCGGGACGACAGAGACGGCGAAUCUUCAGCUAUGCGCCAAAACAAACAGUGGUUUAACCCAACCGACACCAACGCUCUGGUGGCAGCAGUUGGCUUUGGGAAAGGCUUGUCCAAGUGCAGACCGCCCUCUUCAGUGGCUCCUGGACAUCCGGGACAAACCAUGAUGACGGGGGGACCCACACUGCAGCAGGUGACCAUCGCUGGGGCUCCUGGACAUCAGACAGGCAUCGGAGCAUCUGUGGCACAGCAGCAGCCUGGCCAGCCUGGGAAAAUGCCAAGCAGUAUAAAGACAAAUAUCAAGUCAGCCUCAGCUUCAAUGCAUCCUUACAACAGAUAACUGCAGAUGCAGAAGCAUCUCUAUCAAGGAGAGCAACAUUUUGCUUGUUUCUAAUGUAUUUAUAUAUGUAUGUUUUUUUUUUUUUGUUUUUUUUUUUAUUAAACAGUGUGAGAUAACUUGUUUUUUCUACUUGGAUCCUGUGUGAAUUUGACAUUUCUUUACUGCUGAUUUAGUUGGGCAUGAUGCUUUUUCCCCUUUUAUAAGAGAGCAAUAAGAUUACUAUUUGAUUGGCUGUUUCAUAUUUGUCUUUACGGAACAAACGACUCCAUCUGUUUGACAUUAACGGUGUUUACUUUGCUAGCAACUUACUAAGUGUGUGUUUGUGUAGUGAGGGUUUUUAUUGAUCUUAUUAUUAGCAUGUUAUCAUGUGUAAGGUCAGACAAAGACACAGACUGAAACACAGCACGAUUUUGUUCAGGGUUUGAACCUCCAAGCUGUGAGAGACCUGGCCAUGUGACCUUUUAGGAGACAACAGACCAAUAUUCAGUGAGACCAAGUAGGAGAAUGUAGAUCCCGGUAUAUUAGGAGUUGAUUUUUUUUUUUUUUGUGUAAGUUGACACAUUUUCAACAACCAUUACAGAUUAUUAACAUCUAUCUACUGAAAACGUUUUUUAUAUACUAAAUGAACCCAAUGAAAAACAUUGCUUUGGGUUACACAUCUGUUUAAGACCUAAUGUGCUACGUGGUCACACACCAUUAUUAAAAUCACAGUGACAGAGUUAAAAUGAAUCAUAUUUCAAAGUUAGUUAGAAAUCUAAUCGUUUUGAUAUGCUGUCAUGCUGUACAGUGCCCUGCUAUUCAACUAAGGAAGAAAUUAAAUGUCUUCCUCUCUUGUGUUAUGAUAUAAUACUGAUCAGCCACAACAUUAUGACCACCUGCCUAAUGUUGUGUUGGUCCCCCUUUUGCUGCCAAAACAGCUCUGACCCAUUGUGGCAUGGACUCCAGUAAAUCUAGCAUUUUUUAGCAAUUUGAGCAACAGUAGCUCGUCUGUUGGAUCGGAUCAAACGGGCCAGCCUUCGCUCCCCACACGCAUCAGUGAGCCUUGGCCGCCCAUGACCCUGUCGCCGGCUUACCACUGUUCAUUCCGCGGGCCACUUUUGAUUGACCACUGCAGACCGGGAACACCCCACAAGAGCUGCAGUUUUGGAGAUGCUCUGAUCCAGUCGUCUAGCCAUCACAAUUUGGCCCUUGUCA